UCUCCUAAGAGGCUAAUAGGCUAUAGAUGUUGCUAUCCAACGGAACGCUGCGAUUGGUAGCCCAAAAUAAUUAGGCGGGGCUUAGCGAAGUGUCAAUUGUGAUGUGUAAACAAGAACCUAUUUUUAAAAAAAAAAUGAUUUAUACGUUCCAUUUCAUUGUGAGGUCAUUGUUGUUGAGUACUACCUGGUUAUUUCCCCUUUUCCAAGGAGUUCGACGAGAGUCGAUGCUUUUACCCCAGGAGUUUGGUACUGAAGAUGGAGCAAAAUGCAGACGUCAAAGAAAGUGGAAGCGGAUAUUUUAGAUUCAUCAUUCAAAAGGGAGCCAGUCAGAUAGCGCUCCGAAGAUUCUCUGACUGGGACGCUGUUGGGAGAGCAGCAACAACAGCGGCGGGUUUGAAUGUGUAGGCUAAAGAAAAAUAACUUUUUUUGUUUUUUUUGUUCCAUUUAUACGUUAGAUGUCAUAACUCUUUAUCGGACACACACUUGUCUGACUCUGAGGCAUGUUUACCUGUCAAUGCAGCUGGCCCACUUAAAACAUGUUGUUGUUUUUUUUCAGAUGUUUCUGACUAAUUCAUUUUGAAAUGUGGUGUUGUUAUUAGCUAGGCUACUGUGAAUUUAAAAAAAAAAUGUAUAUAUUGUUUUAUUCAGGAGAAAAGAUACCGAAUUCUACGAUUACAUUGCCAACAUUACUGAAAAAACACUGUUCGAUGGUAUGAUUAUGGUCACGAUUAUCCUCAACGCUCUGUUCAUGGCCUUGGAGACCGACUAUGAUUUGAAAUACAAACUUUUUGGAUUCUUUGCGAUUGCAGACGAAUUCUUCAUGGCCAUUUACACCAUGGAGUUCUUGAUGAAGGUGUACGUUAACCCAGGGGUUUACUGGAAAAAUGGCUACAAUGUUUUCGAUGCUAUUAUUUUGGUCAUUUCAUUCGUUCCCAUGUUCGCUGAUGGAGGGGACUCCAGUGCAAUGGGGACCAUGCGCAUCGUCCGCGCUUUUCGCUCUUUGCGCGUGCUGAAGACUGUGUCGUUCAUCCGGGGCCUGCAGGCCUUGGUUGUAGCUCUAUUCAAGACCAUGAAGAGUGUGGUAUAUGUCCUGGGCCUGAUGUUUCUCCUGAUGUUCAUCUUUGCCAUCAUUGGAUAUUACUACUUUGGAGACCCUAACACUGGAGACCCUGAGAACUGGGGAGACCUGGGCUGUGCACUCUUCACACUUUUCAGUUUAGUGACAGUGGAUGGUUGGACUGAUCUGCAGCAGAACCUUGACGACCUGGGGAUGAACUCCAGCCGCAUCUUCACCAUCGUCUUCAUCCUCAUCGGCUACUUUAUCUUCUUCAACAUGUUCAUCGGCGUGGUCAUCAUGGAGAUCCAGCACGCAACGAAGCGUUUUGAGAAUGAGGUACAAAGUGAACGGGAGGCUUCGCUGACCCAGAAGAAACACGCCAUCAUCCAGAGACAGAAGAACGAGAUCAGGAAUCUGAUCCAGAGCCAGACAGGCAACUUCACCAAGCUAGUGCAACAGUUCAACAAGUCUCUGCGUCACACUGAUUACACUGUGAUGGAGGACCUGUGUACCAGCAUGUCCUUCAUAGACAUCUACCUGACCACCCUGGAUCACCAGGACACCACUGUCAACAAGCUGCAGCAGCUGUACUCUGAGGCCGUUCUGAUUCUGAGUGACUUACUGGAAGAAGAUUUGAUUGAAAUGGAACAGAAAGCACUGAGAGAGAGGAAAAUCAAAAUGAGGGCGUAACAACAGGUACAGGAACAGGGAUCCGACUGAGAGCUUCUGAGAGCUGAAAUCCUUGUUCAUUUGCAUACUGGUAUUCAAAUUAAAAAAAGAGGACAUGUUGGCACGUUUUUAUAAAGCUGUCUGUCAGGUCUUUGUUGUGGGUUGGCUAUGGUGAUGUCCAUUCCAUUGGCCUAGAGUUGGCAGAGAAUGGUCUUCAAAAUGUCUCCAGGAUCCAUCCCAAAUGGCACUCUAUUCCCUAGAUAGUGCGCUACUUUUUUUGACCAGAGCCCCAAGGACCCUGUUUAAAUAAGUGCACUAAGUAGGGAAUGGGUUCCAUUUGAGGCUGUCAGCCAGGCAGGGAGAGUCCAGUCCAGAUGGCCCACAUAGUCAUGUCUGUACUCAGGUUUGGGGCCACUGUGAGGUAGGCUACUAUCUGUAGAAUCCGGAGGCCCACGUAACCCCUCUGUCUACUGGUGAACAGCCACAGACAGGCACAACACGUCAUCUGUUACACGGGGACUUUAUAUGGAGUUCUGGAUGAUUCAUUCUCCAAGUCAAUACGUGGGUCAUGAACUAUCUUCUCACUAGUUGCAAACCUGUUUGGUACAAGUACAGACUGUCAUUGCAUUUUGAGCUGUUUGGAGUAGUUAGACACUCUUGCUGUAAGAUAUGUUCGGAGGGAAGUAGACUCACCAGUAAUGGCUUUCGGGUAUGUAUAUAAAUAACUGUUUGAAUAUUUACAGGCUAUAAAAUGAAACCUUUUAUAGCAUCUGCUCUUCAAUGAUAUACAAAGACUGGGGUGUGGGCUAAUUGGAAAAUAUAUGAUUUUUUUAUUUUUUUAUAGUCUUUUGUUUUCAUUAUGAUGUCAUGGACAACGUAACCAUGUGACGACAGAGCCAGCCUAAUCCCCACGGGUGUAUGAAACUCCCAUUGACAUCAAUGCUUGGUUUACACGCUUUGAGUUAGGAAAACGUUUGUCAAGGGUUAGGCCCAUGGGUGUUAUCUGAUCGUCAAACACUUGAUCAGCCCUUAGCAAACUCUGCCAAUAUGUAAUUUAAGGUAUCUUGAUUUAUUUGUAUAAUAUUUUACAUAAGUUAUUUGAUU